AAAUGACGUAACGAGAAUCAUUUUGGACGUUUAUUUCGUUCAGUACUGCGGGGAACUUCCUUUUAUCUUCGAUUUGGGUGUUUUUGCUAAGAAAAGCUACUGAAAAGGUCGUAAUACCUCAGUUCGGAAGAAAGAGCAGCUAAGUAAUCGAGAAAAUGCCUCCUCUUGAAACAGAUAUAGCGGUCGAAACAGAAGAGAUAGAAAGGAUUGAGACUAAUAUAAUACAGAAUCUUAAAACCCUGUGCGCAAUGAUAAAAAGGGUAAUGUCAGAACGCUUGGAAAGCAUUAGAGAGUUGAGGGAAUUAACAGAAAUGUGCAAGCUGGAUUGUCCACAAAAUGAAAUUACUGAAGUAAAUGCAAAACAAGACAAAAUGCCACCGAAUUCAGAGAAAAAGGGAAAAGAAAUCAAGAUAAGUAAGGAGGAGAAAAAGAAAGAUCUAGAGGGCCGAUCCAGGAGGUACAAUCUACGUAUAAUAGGACUGCCUGAAACAGAAGACAAAGCAAACGAAGCUGAAACAAUAAUUAAGGAACUACUUGAAGAAAAUUUUCCAGAAUUGAAGAAAGAACAAGAUUUACAAGUAGAAACAGCUCACAGGGUACCUUUAAAAUUUAACGAAAAGAAAGCAACACCUCGACAUAUCCUGGUGACAUUUUUAAAUUUAAAGGAUAAAGAUAAAAUUUUGCAAGCAUCCAGAGAGAGAAAACAGGUUACCUAUAAAGGAACAAAAAUCAGGCUGACCUCAGAUUUUUCUCUUGCAACUCUAAAUGCCCGAAGACAAUGGAACAAUAUCUACAGAAUUUUAAAGGAAAAUAACUUUGAGCCAAGAAUUAUAUACCCAGCCAAGUUAUCAUUUCUGUAUGAAGGCAACUGCAAGACAUUCUCAGAUAUGCAGGGGUUAAGAAAGUAUAUCAACCAAGAACCUUCCUUGAAAAGUUUGCUGUAUGAUUUACUGCAGCCAAAAGAGAACCAGAAUUAAAAUAAAUAGCUUGAGUAGGGAAGUAGUUGUUAGAAAGAAUUAAUGGUAAGCAUUAAAGUAGUUAAGGAUCCCUGGUGGUCUAGUGGUAAAAGAAAAAAAAAAACUAGUUAAGGAGCAUUAAGUUUAAAGUGUUACAUGUAGAGUAUUAAAACUAAAUAUAAAAAUAGAAAUGUAAGCUGGGUCUAAAAUUUAAGUUUAGAUACAUUUAAACUGAAAAGGCAUGUCAGAUGUUGAAUGUAUUGGACAAAUACUGUUUUAUUUUCAGUAAGUUGUAGAUAAAGAUAAGAAUGUUCUUAAGCUAAACAUAAGUGAAAUAGAAGAUGUUUGUAGACAGGACAAAAUUGGAAACCAGUCACUAUAGGUUUUUCCUCCUUAUUUUUAAUUAUAGGAAGUGGGGGAAGUAGCAAGUUUGUCCAUAACGUUAAUCUUGAUAUUACAUAGUGUAAAAAAAAAAUUUCCAAGUCACCAAUGGGAGAAGGAGGUGUAUAAAAUCUUGUAGUAUGUUACGUGUUGCCGGGGGAAUAACAAUGGUUCCUGCAUCAUAUAGUAGUUAAUAUUAGUAAAUUUGACAUUAAAAUAAGUGUUUGGAACAAAAAUAGAAUAUAUAAUUUUCGAUUGUUUAGAUUAUAGAAAAACUGGUAAGGAAACAAGAAAACAGCAAUAGAAAAAUGGGAGGAAAACAUUACAAUUAGCAUAUAAUUGACAGAUGUACAGUUAUAAAAAAAUUGAAAUUGGUUUAAAAGUUAGUCUCUAACCUAGUAUACCCACAUUUGUAUAAAACAGGAUAAAAGGAUUUAAAGAUAAUGGAAAUUAUAGGUUAUAGAAAUAAAUAAAAAUAGCAACAUUUUUAUUAGAAUCCAAGCAUGUACCAUAUUUUGUGUAACAUACAAUACAGGAUAUAAUGUUGAAGAGACUGGGAUAAACAACGUGGUAUUCAUAUGUAAAAUAAAUGUUCAUAUCUUAAUGUGGGUUGUAUUUUUAUGUAAAUCAAUACACAUGUAUUUAAUAACAUGUACAUAUAAAAUAUAGUAAAUUUUAUGUACUUAAAAUUCAUGUUAAUCCUCAAAUAAAGAGUAUACUACAUAUAUAGGAAAAACGGUGUUGGACUCU